GGAGCUAUUUACAGAAAAUACAAAUGGCGUCUGGGUAGGAAGUGGUUGACACUUUGAAUGUCCCCAAGACGUAUUUGGAAAGGUAUGUCAUAAGGAAAGUCCCGAAACAUGGAUCCCCACUGGACUGUGCUGGUCAUCUUCUUGGUGACCCAGGUGGGCGUGGUCAACCCUCAAGGCACUGGUCCAGAAGCUACCCAGAACUUCCAGUUUUACAUGGACACUACUCGAGACUGCAAUGGACCAGUGUACAAUGUGUUUGACAAGCAGGCUGUACUGAGAGGCCAGAGUUCCGCAUCUAUACAACAAAGUCCUCUGACAUGUACAAUAAAGUUGAACACAGAGAACAACUUUGAGAAGACGACAUUCCGGGUGACCGUCAAUGCCAUGAAUAUUGAUGAUUGUGAUGUCACUUUUGCAAUAUACGAUGGAGAGCCUGGGCAGCCAUUGAUAGAUUCCUAUGACUGCAACAAAGGUAAAACUCGCACAGAAAUGUUCACGACUGGAAAUCGAGUGUCCUUUGUGUUGACCAGACGUGAUGAACGAAACACGAGAUAUGACAUUGAGGUGAUAGCUAAACCACUCGUAGCUGGCCAGGAUCCAGGAUACGAGAAUGGAUUUGGUGAUGAUUACGGCUACUACAACAGGCUUGUCCCCAACAUGGUCAUCUACAUCAUCGUCGGCGUCUUGUUCUUCAUCAUCAUCGUCGUCAUCAUCAUCGUGGGUAUUGUCUGUCACAGAAGGCACAAAGGCCUGAACAAGCCGGCGGAGCGCUACAACAUCUCCUACAUCAACACUGGCACCAGCCGCGGGCCAGCCAGCACCAACACAAGAAACUGGGUGAGCACGUCGAGGACCUCCCUGCAGCGGGAUCGCAACCAGAAACACAGGCAUCACAGUGAUGAUGACAGCGUGUUUGAUGGAUCAGUCGAUUCAAUGCCAAGUAAGAAGAGGUAUGAUGCUGAUAAGUCAUUCGACACUUACCAGUCCCAGGGUAGGAACUACCGACCUGAUAGACACGAUGUGAAACAAGACAGAUACAGGAACCCCUCCUACGAUGAUGAGCAUCCACCAAGUAGAUUCAUACAGCGAGAAAUAACACCUCGCGCCAAAUCCAAGCCACAGAAAUAUGAGCCGGAGGAGGAAGAAGAUGAGGUGGAAUCAGUGGGAGUUGGACCUGAUGAGGAAGAAGAGGAGGAGGUGGAGGAAGAAGAGACGGAAGAAGAGGAAGAAGACGAGGAGGAGGAAGAGGAGGAGGAUGAUGACGACCAGGAAGAUGCUGGUGAACCAUCACAGCCGCAGCCUCUCAACCUGCCUGAACAUCCACCUCCACGUCUCGGGCAUCCUUCCAUGUCAGGGAUCCCUCAGCCCAUACCCAGACACCCUCAUGACCAGCCCCACUCCUACCCAGCAGAUCCUCGCCACAUGCCAGUGAACCCUCAGCAGAUGGCUGGACCCUACGGUCCACGCUUUGUGAUGUACCCAGGUCAGCCUGGACCUCAGUUCAUGCCCAUGGCUCCAGGACCGGGCCAGUUCCAGCCGAUUCAGGGGCACCCGAAUAUGCCCCCUCCAAGGUAUCCAGGUGAUGGUGGACAACAGCAACCACAGAAACCUUUUGAAGUGAAGCCCAGUGAUCCCCCGAUCUACUCCUACUUGGUCCAAAGAGGCUACCACCCAGUUGAUGGGCGGGACUCCCCUGUCAGUGUCUCCACCAAUGCCAGCGGACACUCUGACACCCGUCUUAUUCAGCCUGACGACUCGGAUAUGUCCUCCCAUAAUUUGGCUGCUGGCGUUGAGUUUAUGAGGCGAUGAUAAGUUGAUUAGCAAAUACAAUAUCAGGAUGUACACGUAAGUACUGAAGUAUCAGUAUUGUGACUAGAUUAGGACAUUUUUGGAUGUUUGAGUCAAGGGAUCUGUUAGUAAUGUACAUGAGCAGUCUACCAGUAUGUCCAAUGACCAUUACAUCCUCUGUUAUUUGUACUUGUAAUAUAGGAUAUUGUAUUCCUUAUAACUAUGUAUUGCAAACAGGUAUACCUGAGAUCUCACAUGUGGAUCUGCCCAUGUGCACAUCACUGUUGUGGGAAGAGUGAAUGGUUUCUGAGGAUUGCAUUGUAUAGCUUCAUACUAGGGCUGGGACGGGUAACUCGGAUACUUGGGUCGGGGAGUUCCAGUGUAGGACCCGGAUACCCACAGGACUACCCGGACCCGUGGUUAGUCACGUGAUACAUUGCUAAAUGGCAAAAAUGAUCUAGAACUUCCACGGUUACACUAUAAGUGACUAAGGUUCACAUAUCUUUCUGACUCUGCACGCAUUCCUUCUGACUUUAUAUGUUUGAAUAGAGAUAAAACUUCAGUCAACAUCAGUGAAUGCAUGACCUGAUCGUUUUAUACUAAAUACAUUUUGCCAAGGCUACGGUCAAACAAUUCCCAAUCAGACUUUUGGACCUAUCUGUUAAGACCUACAGCGGGUACCCGGGUAGGGUCGGGUAAUAGUGGGAUGAGUACCCGGGUAUUACAUUUUGACUCGUCCCAGCCCUUUUUCAUACUGUACAUUGUUACUCUUUGCUCACAUACAAUAAAUUUAAUCUGAUACUUACAGGAUGUAGGGCUGGGACGGGUAACUCGGGGUAGUCGGGGCGGGUGGGUCCUGAGUAGGACCCAGGUAACCACCGAACUACCCGAACCCAUGGUUGGUCACAUGAUAUACUGUUUGAUGACGAUAACAAUAAACCUCCAUGGUUUGACUACAAGUUGCCAUUGUUCACACUUCUUUCUGACUAUGCACGCAUUCCGUCUGACCUUUUUAGGUUUGAGUAAAGAUAAAGGUCCAGUCAACUUCAGAGUAUGCAUUAUCAGGUCGCUUUGUACGUGUAUCUUAAUAGUUUUGGCCUGGUCUGUGGUAAAAGAAUUCCCAUUUGAACAUUUUGUACCCAGCUCUUGAGACCUACAGCGGGUACCCGGGGAGGUACGGGUAGUAGGGUGUCGGGUACCCAGGUGAUAAAUUUGGACUCCCAGACCUAACAGAAAGGAAUAUAAAUCCCCUUUUCAUGCUUACCAAUGCAGGAAAAACGCAAUGUAAAACACCUUUCUCAUCACCAUAUUUCCAAAAUGACCAGAUCACCAUGUUUUCCCCCUUUUUUCCAAAGUAAGCAGAAAACUCAUAAGCAUGCAGUGCGACAUAGUUUAGACAAGGAAAGAUAACUGUUAAUAUCCCGAUAAUGUUGAUAAAUUCAUCAAGUUAUGUUACUACCCCACUUUUUAAC